UGCUAAUUAUAAGACAUUUAAUUUCUUUAAUUGUUAAACCUAAUAAAUAUAAGUAAGGAUAAAGGCUAAAUCUUAUAAUCAUUUAUAAAUAAAAUGAUGAAAACAGUAUGCAUUCUUUCAUUUUUAACUUUAAAAACGACCAAAACAACAAGAUUUUUAGUUUAGUUGAAAGUCGGAUGCUGGCUUUGAUGUGUUGAUAUAAGUUAUGUAGAAAUAAAUCAGAAAGAGACAGAAAAGGACAACAACAAAACAAACUGAAAAUGCCAGCUCGGUCGGUUCGUUCCAGCAGUCGUGCCGGCUCGGUAAAAGGCAAAGGUGGCCCAAAGAAGCUAGAAAAAUGCUCCAAAUGUGACAAUGUGGACAAAAACCUGCGUCUCCUCGAGUGUAGCCACGCCUUCUGUCCGGAUUGUCAAAAGGACAUGGUGAAAGAAGAAAAGAAAGAUGAUAAGGACGGUCGGGCUUCCAAGGCGUCUUCCAAAGGCGGCCGGGCUUCUAAGGCACCGGCCAAGGUUGACUACGUGUGCCCCGUGUGCAACCCGCCGCCGGCUCCGCCGCCGACUCCUCCUCCAGAACCGUCGCAGUAUGGGGAGUGCGCGCCGUGCAAGUUUGAGGAGAAGACGAGCGGGGCGACGGGUUUCUGUGUAGAGUGUGGAGAGCUGCUGUGUGAGACCUGCUGCACGGAGCACAACAAGUUCAAGACCAUCCGACAACACAACAUACUCCGCGGCGACAAGAUCCCUAAGGACACGGGAGCGAUCGCCCGCCUUCCACUGCUAAUGAUGUGCAUGGUCCAUACCGACAAGGACCUCGAGUAUUACUGUGGCGACCAUGACGUCAUGGCCUGUGGCGCAUGCGUCAACACUGACCACCGGCGCUGCGAUCGUGUCAUGUUUAUUAAAGACAUCACCGACGAACCGUCGGACCGAAAGGCGGUUGCCGACGCCGCUGUCGAGUUGAGAGACAUCCGGCGAAACUUUGAAGACAUACACAGGGACACCGGUGAAAUUUUGGUGAAUCUUGAGCAACAGAGAAAUGAGAUCAGGGAGAGGCGAGAUCAAUACAAGAACCGCAUCAUGGCCUUGCUCGAUAAACUCGACACCUCGAGUGAACUGGAAAUGGAGCAGGUCAUUCAAGGCGUCACCAACGACAUGGGCGACGACAGUCAUAGUUCCAAGGAAAUACUGUCACAGAUCGAUGGCUCUAUUCAGAUUCUCGACGCCGCGGCCGGCCACGCAACCAGCCAGCAGCUGUUCGUGGCCGGAAGGAGAAGUCUCGCAGAUCGAGACAAGUAUAUGAAUCUUUUAAACCACUCGAUGGGAAGCAUUCAGAACGUACAACUCGAUUUUAAACCUGACCCUACUCUGGAGCGCCUGGCAAAAAGCCUCGAGCUCUUUGAUGGGAGAACGAUUACCUCCAACAACGUGCGGCAUAAUCAGAAAGCAAAGAAUACGUUCGAGCCAAGAAAUGGUUUCGUUGACGUUCAAUACUCCCAGCCCUCACAAAAUGGCCACCAGAACGGCUUCCAUAGCCGGUCUGGGUCAGAAUACGGGGGUAGUGUCACAUCCCGGUUCGAGCAGCCUAGGGCGGACGGACUUCCCAGGGCGCAGAGCUCGCUGAUGUCAGGGUCAGUCCCUGACUUUCGAAGUGCGGGACUGAGGAACAACUUCUCGGACCGGAUGUCCAUGGUGGACUUCAACCCUGGACAAAGAAGCGUCCCUCAGUCGCCAAGGCGCCAUGAAUAUGAUAAUCAGUUCCAGACAAGAAGCAUGCCGCCAACUCCGAGACUCGCGGAAAUACCUGUAAACCGUUCGAACAUGGGUAGAGCUAACACUGGCGGCCUCGAACCAUCGUUUUAUGAGAGGCAGAUGUUCGCACAGGGGGCACUGCCCAUGAUCACUCCACGUGGCGCUCAAUCCGAGCCAGGAAACUUCCCAGGUGGGAAGCCUCACGACUUUGCGCCGAUCUCGCCGCGAACGAUCGGCAACAGCGGACUCCUAGAUCAAGGUUUAGCUAAGUCGCAGGCACGGUCAGAUGUAAUGACAAUAAAUCCUCCAAACCAAUCUCGUAGAGGUUCCAUUGUCAGUACAAUGUCGAUGCCCCUUCCGGCGACAAGAGAGCCAUCAAAGGCGGCUAAGUCAGACAUCUUGGCUCAGGCGUCUCCGAUCAAGCGGCGCAAUGAAUUACACCCUGGGACGACCGCUCUUAAAGACCGGAAGGCCAUAUUGGCGGGACAGUUUAAUGUUCGAUUACCGGAAGAUUCUAACACAUGUGGGUUAAAGGGUGCAGCUAUUCUUCAGGAUGGCCGUAUCAUAAUGGCGGACUAUGACAACCACAACGUGAAACUAUUCGAUUCGAAACUUUAUCGAGGUUCCCAGCUUAAAUUAUCAUCCGGUCCAUGGGACGUGGAGGUCACGGGCCCAAAAGAAAUCGCGGUGUCACUUCCGUUCGAAAGCAAAAUUCAGUUUAUUUCCGUUACCGAUCAAAUGAAGGCCACAAGAGCUAUCAAAAUGGAAAUGGACUGCUAUGGUAUUGUUUGCAGAAACCAGGAACUAAUUGUCGUCUGCAAUGAUUACUUGAUUGGUCCUGCGGUGCAAGUCGUCAGUUUAACCGGUCGAGUAAAGCAGACUAUCGACACUGAUCGAAGCGGCCGUCGAAUCUUGUCGGACCCUUACUACCUAACGGUCACACCGACGGGGAAGCUGAUUUACGUAGCGGACAAGGACCGAAUCGUCUGCAUGGAUCGCCAUGGCAACGUGACGUCCGUCUACCAGGAACAAUCCAUGCGGAACGCGCGCGGGAUUGACAUAGACAGUGAAGGGAACUUGUACGUGUGCGGAUACAUGUCCAAUACGGUUCACCAGAUCACCAUGCACGGAAUCGACUUCCGGUGCCUCGUGGACAAGGAAAACGUGUGGGACCCGUGGUCCGUCCGCUUUAACGAAAGUAACGGCACGAUCCUGGUCACGUGUGACGCUAGUGAUACUAUUAAGGUUUUUUCUUUGCAGUAAAUACAAAUAAUAAUAGAAUACGCUUCAUUCGCUUUGAACAACGAGAAUAACGAUUCUUACCUGGUCACGUGUGACGCCAAAUAUCCGCCAGGGAUGGCGUAAUAAUAGACUGAAUAUUAUGUAUAUAAACUCGGACCUAUUAAGUAUUAACUAUGAAGUGGUUUGUGGGUCCGUGAUAUACCUAUAAAAAACACACUCUCUUACUGUUACUGUCACCUAAGUGCACAGGUAUGUAUUGUUUCUGCCCGACGCCAGCGAUUCUAUCAGGGUAUUUUCUUUGUAGUAAGCGCGGCCCAACCCAGUGUCGCAUCUUAUUUCAAUUUCCUUGCGCGGAGAAUUCUGGAAAAAAAAUCGUAUUGUGAAACCUAUACUGUCAUUGACAUAACUUAUGUUACAUGUUGAAGGGUAGUGACAGACUGGAGAUUCAAGUUGUUGCAACAGAAAGAUAAUUUGCAUAAGCAUGAAAGGAACUGUGCAGAAAGUCAUAUACGCAGGGUAAUGUACAUGUUAAUCAAAACAUGUAAAUGAUUUAAAUCAAUUAAAUCGUCGAAGUAUUCAAAUACCUAUGUUGAGACCACCAUAAAACAUGAACAUGCUUGUUUUGUAUUUUAUUGGAAUAAAAUGUGUUUGGUUC